GGAAAACGUAGAAAUGUUAUGUUGUUUAUAACUUUUGAUAGCGUGAUUUUUAACUAACCAAUCUUCAUGUGCUUGUUUAUAUAGCCUCUGCCAUAAAGAUGGAAGAAAGAUUUCUGUGUGAAGUUGAGAUGAGAAGUAAUUAUGGAGAGUCCUGAUUCAGCUGAGCGUUCUCAUUUAGAUCUGCCACUGAAGCCAGUUCAACCCUCGGAUGAAGACUGCUGUGGAAAUGGCUGCGUCCCCUGUGUGUUCGAUAUUUACGAUGAAGAAGUCAAGAUAUGGGAAAGGGAAUGCAAAAGAAUAAGGAGAAAAGUAAAACAGAACAGCGGUGACGCAUUGAGCCAGGGACCACCUCUAUCAACAAGUGAGUAUCGGCAAUUCCAAAUUCUCUCUGUGACAGAAGAUACUGCUGACACACAUCUGUAUCGACUGGCUCUACCCGAAGACGUUUCUCUUGGCAUUACUACUGGGCAGCACAUGCUCGUCAGAGGCUACAUUGAUGGUGAACCAGUGACUAGACAGUACACUCCAGUUAGUGAUGUCAAUACUGAAGGCUAUUUCGAACUCCUCAUCAAGCUUUACCCACAGGGCAAGCUGUCAAAACUGGUAAGGACGUGGAAAGUUGGCAGACUUAUUGACAUUCGGGGACCUCUUGGCAACUUCUGUUACAAAGCUAAUCAACAUUCCCAGGUGUACAUGUUGGCUGCAGGGACAGGCAUCGCACCCAUGGCCCAAGUGAUUCAGACAGUUUUGUCAAACCCUGAUGAUGAAACCAUCCUCAGACUGGUGUAUGCUUGUAGAACGUACAGAGAUAUCCAUCUGAAACAACGGCUAAACGAGUGGGCAGGAUACUGGAAUUUUUCUGUCCUCUAUGCUCUUAGCAAGGAAGACUGUAAGACACGAAGUACUGUUUAUAGAUACGGUGAUGCCAUUCACUUUGGUAGAAUCACAGCGUCAUUGCUGUCCACAGAAAUUGCUGGUCAUUCUCAAAGGAGUAAAAAGUUUCUUAUAUGUGGAUCUAAACCUUUCGAACAAGACAUGGUAGAAAUGCUAAACCAUGCUGUUAGUCAAAAUCUAGAAUACUUCAGAUUUUAGGAUUUAUUGUAUGUAGGAAAAUAUAUAAAGCAGAAACAACAAAUGGUUAACAGAUCUCAAGUUAUGUUUCUGUUCAGGACAGAUUCCAAGAAGAUAUUUAUACAAAAUUGAAACAGGACUUAAAAAUCAAUACAAAUAUGUACAACUGAAAAGCAGACAAACAAUAAUGAUAUAAAUUAUACAAGUCAUUGAAAGUGAAGGUGAUAUCACAUUAGAAUGACAAAACCAUAAAAUCUAAAAAAAAAUAUCAUAUACAUUAGAGAAAAAUAGGAGUCCUACCAAAUCUGAAUGAAAAAAAACGUAAUAUGUGAUCAGGGUCUUAUCUCUACACAAGGCAGAGUCGAAUGGGCAUUUGGUAAAAUAGUGGUUGAUUGCAUGAAUCUCUAUCUAGUGCCUCAUCUAUAGGACAGCCACUCCCAAGGAGAUCCUAUAUUGGAGAUUUCAUCCCGCAUGCACUGCUACAAAGAGGACUGCCAUUCUGAGAUUAGUUUUCUAAAUCAAAAGUAACACGUACAUGUAUUGAGAUAGAACAUUGAACUUCUGUGAUACUAAGUCACUUAGUAAGUGCUUAACAACUGUGAUGCCAAGUGCUGCUGCUUUUUUCUUUUUUUUAUUACAGGAUAUACAUGUGUUGGUGAAAUAAUCUCUACAAUACAUGAUGAUAGUUGAGCAAUCAUGACCAUAUAAAAGAGAAUUCCAGAUUGCCUUUAAUUUGCUUCCAUUUUAGCAGUAUAGAUUAAUGAUGCAAUUUCUGUUUUAAAUAAAUAAAGUGGAGGUUAUCUUCUUUUUUCUUUUUUUAGAUCAUAUAUGUAUUAUUGUGGCAAAAAUUCUUACAUAUUUUAGAAGUAAUAUUAAAGAGAGGAUAGUAAGUUAUCAGUUAUUUAAUGUUAUUAAGUUUUAUCCCAAGUGAAAUAACUUUAAUUUAUUACAAACUAUAAUGAGGGACGUGUGUAACUAAUACUGCAUUCAUUAUUCUCUUCAUAUCCCAGUUUUGUUUUGUUUUCUCAUUGUCUUUACGUUUGAUACAUUGAAAUUGUCAAAACCAUUUUACUCACUAUAUUUGUUACAUGAACAUGUUUGGUUUUUGAUAGGGUUUAUCCCCAAUUUCACACAUCUCUGAAUGCAAUACAAAACAUUUAACAGGUCAGUAUAUUAUCAAGUUGCCCCAUCCCCACGUAAGUCACCCCACCUCACCCAAGUAGCACGUCACCUAUUUUCAAUACAAUGAUAGAAUUCACUCCUAUGAUGAUGAAAUUCAUUCUUAAGAUGAUGGACUUCAUUCCUACGAUCCCCUUUUGACGGUGGAAUGUGUUGUAACCAAUCAGCAGAUUAAACACUGCACUCGAGACGCACUUAUUGGUCUCUUCCUUCAACUUUUUGUUGUCAUAGGUUUAUUGUUACUAUAGUUGAGCUUGAAUGAGCCACCCGUUACUCCACCAAACUACAAAUUCUUACAAGAAUUUCUCUGUUACUGAGAUUAGAUCUAGAGAGAAAGUCAAAUACAUCAUGUUCUUUACGAAGGUGACCCUGCAACUAGCUAACAGCAAAUGACAGACAUUAAUUACUUAAAACCACAAAUUUCAUAGAAACUGAUAAAAGAUUUUUUCGAAAACUAAGCCUUUUGAAUAAUAUUGCAUUGUUAAUAAGUGAUGCUGUUACUACAUAAAUUACAAAUGAAGCAGAUGUUCGUUUGAUAUCGUGCCUACAUAGGUACUCCUGGCAUAUAACUUUUAUUAUACAUGUAUGCAUCAUUAUAUCAAUUAAUCGACAGAGGAAAUGAAACCACAAAAGCACAUCUGAUCAUUCAAAGUAUAAGUAACUUUUUUCCUGUAAUCUUAAAUGGACGUUUUAACAUCGUUACCUAAGGUUUGGCUUAGCUUGGUUAUCCAUAGCAUACUUGAAUUGUGACUCAUGUUCUUACUGUCACCUCCCCACUGCUUAAUGAAUGAACAUGGGUUUAACAUGGCCUGAUCCAAUUAAGGUUCAAACACGCCCAUUGUACGUACACACAUGACACCACUGCCAAAAAUGUUUCACAGGGAAGGCUGCUCGGUCGAAAGAUGUAUAUAAGUAUAAUGUGGAGCAAUUUAGACGUAUGAUUAAAGUUCAGAAGAGUUGAUGGAACAAUUUAAUAAUUAAUGAAAACUAUAUUCAUGUACAUGUUUAUAUGCAUUUUGAUUAAAUAUUGAAGUAA